GGCUACCGGACAGCCCAGAAUGCCAAGGUUCCCUUCAUAGUGGUGGGCCGCAAGCUCACCCCCGACUGCCUCAAGAAGACGCUGGGUCCCCUGGCAGAAGCCAAGCGGCGCGGGGAGAAGCUGGGGGUUUCAAGGGGCAACUUUGACCCCUCUGACCGCACAGCGGGCCUCAGCGGCGCCGAUGCGAAGGGGGCGGACAUCGCCGCAGCGUGGCGUGCGAGCGCGGCGCGGGGGUGGAACGCGGCGACCGCGGCGGCAACGGCGGCGGCGGGCGGUGGCGGCGGGGGCCGGUGA